GAAAAGUGGGUGGGCGGUGAAAGUGGGCGAGAAGGAGAGUGGAAGUGGGGAAGUGGUUCCCCGUUGGCAUGGUGCACGCGAAAAAGCCAAACGAAAGGUACAUUUUCCAGGCAAACUCCUCGCUGCUUUCGAGGAGUACGUCUAGAACUGUUGGUCGCGUUGGUUGAGAGUUGUCCAUUGUCCAUUGUCCAUUGUAUUGUUAUACAUUAUAGACAUUUAAACAAUUAGGGCGCCUCAAGAUGAGUCUCCUUUUGCGGCGACGAUCGCGCAGCGAAACGCGUUCUCACGAGAUUCGGACGGAGAAGGCCAGACAGCCGGAAUCGGAAUCGGAAACGAAAUCAGACAAACCGGACAAGGAGCAGCUGGCGAAGCACUCCCACCACCAUCACCAUCACCACCAGAUGCGCCACAAUGCGCCGCAUGCCAGUGAGCAGAGUCUGAACAAACUGGGCCUGGUGGCCACCAGUGGAAUGGGCAGACGCAAGACAUCCGCGGAACUCAUCAGCGAGGCCAAGAUGUUCCUGGGCGAGUCCGUCGGCGGCGCCGUUCCCCUGAUGGCCACCGGCGGGGCCCGUUUGGUCAGCACUCGCCGACCCAUCACGCCCCGCGAAUCCGGACGGGUGCUGUACGGCAAAGUGGCCCUGGCAGGACGGCCACCCAGUGCAUUUUCCAUGCGCUAUCUGCAGAACGAGAAACCAUCUACGCCCCGCCAGUUGCCGGCUUUAUCGGGAUCUGGACCCGCCACGCCCAUGCCCACCAGGAAUGGCGCAUUACUCUGCCAAUCCAGCACAGAAACCCUGAUCGAACUGCUCAAGCAGCACAGUGGUCUCAAGGAUUGCAGCGAUGAGACAGUGCAGCACAUAAAUGCGAUCCUCCAGGAGCUUUAUACGCGAGUGAGAAAACAGGAGCGCAGCUUUAAGCGCGGUUUCAUCCUAGGAGGUCUCUAUGGACUGGUGGAGUGCACUUCGCCGCGUGUUCUUUUGGCCGUGGCUCGUGUGGUUUUGGCACUGAGAGUGACGGGCAGUAAUCUGACGGGUGCCUGCAAGCUGAUCUUCAAAGUGGCCAGGCAUGAGCAGCAUGAUGCCCUGUUCCACGAGCACGAUGUGCUGGAACUGCUCAUCGAUGGCCUGGGUCACGCCUCGCCGCUGGAUGAGCCGGAGGCCUGCAUUUAUGCCUACGGUUGCAUACGUUUCCUCACCGCCAGCAGUGCCCAGGAGCGCGAUGAUGCCCUCAACCGCAACUGGAUUGGUUUGGAGGGUUCCGGCUCAGGCUCUGGCUGUGCCUCUGGCUCCGAAAGUCAUCCGCUGGCCAUCGCAGCUCUCAUGCCUCCUGCUCUGUCGGCCAUUUCGGCUGGCCUUUGUCCAAGGAAGCUGACGGGACAGCAAACAUUGGUAUCCCGCCUGGCUCGUCACGGCGCCGUGGAGCUGAUGAUUUUGCACCUGCAGAUGCUCAAUGAGGCGGGGGCCACUAAGCGCCUUCAGGGUCCGCCGCUUCACACGCUCUAUCAAUUGUCGGCGGCCAUGAGGGCACUGGCGGAUGUUUGCCAGCAGCAGCAGCGUUUGCAGCUUCAAUUGCAACUGGCGUGUCCACAUCUUAUCCGGGCAGCCGAGGUUUCCAUGGGCGAGCUGGAAGUGCAGGCCAAUGUGGUGCGCACUCUGAGCGUGCUCUCCGAGGACUCGGAUUGCUGUGAAACGCUGCACAACUAUGCGGCCAGGAUUGGCCUGCUCCUGGGUCCUUCUUGUGCCGGCGGUGGUCAGUGCAGUGAACGACUCCUGGCGGUGCUUAGCCGCUUGGGCUACAUGCUGGGCAAUAUACUGGCCAAGCACGAGUCGGCGCGCAUACAGUACUUUCACAACGACGUGGCCAUGGAGUAUCUGCUGAAUGUGCUGGAGCAGUUAAACGAUCGCCCAGCCACCAGUGUGGCCCUUUUGGAUGCCCAAAUCAAGUUGAUACGAGUGGUGGCCAAUAUGAGUGUGAAUCCCGAGGUGGGCGCUGGCCUGGGAAAUGUCCGUUCCUUGGGCACCGUGCUGCUCAAGCUUUUGAGCAAGACCAGCGACGAGUUGGCCAAGAAGAAGUCGCCGGAACAGCAGGAGCUGCUGCAUGCCACCUUAGGAGCCCUGCACAACCUGUGUUUCUACCAGGACAAACAGGCAGCCGCACAGCCGUUGGCCGAGGGAUCGCUGCAGAGCUUGAUUGACGACUUGUCCGAAGCGUUGGCCAAGGUCUUGGGCCACUGUCAGACGUCGGUGACCAAAGUGGAGUUGGCCCGCGUGCUGGGCAACCUGACGAGGAACGAACGGGCUCGUCGUUGCUUCUGUGCGGCCGGAGGAUUGCCAUUGAUGGUGCAGCAGCUCACGAAGCAGGCCGCUGGGCAGGAUUACGAGCUGCGCACCUGUGCCAUUGGGGUGCUGGUCAAUCUAUUGGGCGAUGGCGAACAGCGAGGUCCUUUCCUACAGCUCCGAGGAGCGGAACUGCUGUCGCUACUGCUGCGUGGUUCCUUGGAGCAGGAGGACUGGUUCCUGGCCAAUAUCGUCUGCCAGGCCCUCUGGAAUCUCCUCAUCGACGGCCAGUGUGCGGCUAAUCUCUGCCAGAGCGGUAACAUACUCGAUGAAGUGAGCGAUCUGCUGGCCGAUUAUCUCGAUGAGGAGCGCAUGCUGCCCGGCGAUAACGAUAACGAUAACGAAGAAGACGAACCGGAACGGGAGCCAGAUGAUGUGGAUGCGGAUGCGGAUGUGGCGGAAACGGAUGCCGAUGCGGAUGGCCACGACGCUUUGUGGGAGGAUUUCGCACUGGUGGCCACCGAUUUGCUGGAACGCAUCCAAAACAACUUCGAUAGGCAACAGCAAUCGCAGACAUUGGUGCUGCAGCAGACCGAUAACGAAGACGAUAACGAUGUUUUCAUCGAAGAAAUGUAGUAGCUGUUCGUUCAAUAGUUUAUAGUGUUUCUAUGUGUUUGCAUCAUUAUUCGAUAAAUAUCUUUAAUCAAAUAAUCAAAGCCAAUAAAAAAUGUUUUAAAUUAGCCCUCCAAUUUCUGGAAUCGAAUGGGGAAAUGGCAAAAUUUCUAAAUCAUAAGAAAUUAGGCAAAAAUCGUUUUGGACAUCAUUAGUAACAUUUAAAAACAUUAAAUAUUGACAGUAAAAUAAUACAGCUGUCUUGAAAAUCAAUAUCUUCAGCUAAUGCUCCCUUAAUAUAAACACCGAUGACGAUUUCUUUUUAACGAGGAAAUGAAUACACAAACAAGUUCCUAAUGUUUCAAGAACACUAAACUACAAUCUUUAGAGUUUGUGGAAAUGCAGUCCUACAAACUGGAUCACUACGUUAUAUUUAUAAAUAAACUGCUUUCAGAGUUAUAAAAGAUGAUACUUUGUUAUGAGAAAAACAAAUCUCGGUUGCGUAAACUUAAAAUUUGUUUAUAUGGUACAACUGCAUGUUAUGCUUCUAAGGCUGAUAAAACUAAGGAAAAACAUUUUGGUAAUAUUGUAUGCCUACUCCAUUUCAGUUAUUUUUGUGGAAAACAGUUGUUACAAUUUCUAUGGAGAAAAACAACUUCUGUUAAAUAUUGUACUUUAAUCCUAACGCCAUAUGCUGGUGAUUUAAAAGUUGUAGAUACCUCAAGUAAAGGUAAUUUUUAAUUGCUGAAUAUUUGUAUAAAGUUUUUUAACAAACAAAAAUAUUUAAAUUUAGGAAUAUGAAUAUUAUGAUGUAUUUUAGAAAACACCUGUUAUUUCGAAACGCUUUGCCCAAUUAUGUUAACGGGUGUACUUUAAACGACAUAUUCAAGUGAUGACAACAUCGCUCACACACACACACCAGCGGAAACCAAUACACGCACGUCUUAAGCCAAGUUUGGGUUCCAAUCGGAAUCAGUCUUAUUGGCGAGUAGCCCAUUGAGCUAGCUUUUAUUUAUAAGUAUGAGUGUUGAAAAAUUGAUAAAGCGAAAAAAAAAGGUAAACGCUGCCCUCGAUUUGUAUUUUUUGUUAGUGAAAUUGUGAAUCAUCCCCGCACAUUGUUGCUCUUUUUUCGCCCUCUCUCCCUCUCUUUUCCUCUCUGUUUUUCUUCUUGGCCGUCUUUUCUCUCACUUUUCUGCCUUUCCAGCUUUUUGUAAUAUUAUUUAUUUACGCAUUUUGUUUAUUAGUUUAUGUUCGCCAAAGCUUUAGAAUCUUUAGGUAAUAUUUGAGGUUAAAGAGAGAAAGGUAGAAAAAAGAAAUGACAACAUGUCAAUGAAAUCAGCUGGUUUUUAGCCUUCCCAAAAAGUUGCCGGCUGCCUCAAAUCAUUUUGGAUAUUUCAAGACAAACAAAUGGAGGUACAAUUUUAAAGGAACAUUAGUUACCAACGGCAAUUAGUUGAAGGUAAUAUUAGUGGCGAAAAUGAGCUUGCAAACGUCAUUUAAAGAAAGUUAUCAUACAAAAAAGAGCAAAAUGGAGCGCCCUCUCUCAUGGCCUUCUUUUUUGUUUAUUUUUUGGAUGCUCUUUUUUGUGGUCUAAUCUAAGACUACUUUUUGAGUUUUUAUUGAUCUAUAUUUUUGGUAGAACUUUAUACAGGGCAUAGCAAAUAGUUUAUUUUAAUCAAACUAUAAUUACAUGAGUUACAAGCUCUGGAACUUGAAAAAUAUCCAAUACCUAUUAGCGAUUUUUUUCUUUUACAUUGCAAUUACUAUAAUAAUAUUAAUUACGAAGACUUGUAUAUUUUAAAUUAAACCUGGUUUUAAAGAUACUAUUUUUGUUGAAGGCUUGUGUUAUUAAAAGACUUUUUCUUGUCUUUUUUGGGAUCCUCAUAAAUGCUGGGUAAUUUUGACUAUAAUUUUUGAUGAAUCGCAGUACUUAACUGAUCUUACUUUUAGGAAUAUUUCUUUGGGAUGCAACCCC